AUGCUCCGCGGUCCUCGCUGCCUCCUCCAGGCCUCCGUAGUUCCAGCUGCGGCCCUGGCUGCGGUGCUCCUCUCCUCGCUGGCGCGCUGCUCCUUUCUGGAGUCUGGGAGCCCGGUGGCCUCACCGCUCAGCCCCUACUUCGGCACCAAGACCCGCUAUGAGGAUGUCAACCCUGGGCUGGUGCCGGACCCCGAGGCGCCGCAGCGGGACCCGAAGCUGCUGGAGGGGACCUGCACACCGCUGCAGCUGGUUGCCGUCAUCCGCCAUGGUACCCGCUACCCCACGGCCAAGCAGAUCUGCAAGUUGCGGCAGCUGCACGGGCUUCUGCAGGCCCGCCGAUCCUGCCAGACUAGCGCAUUCGACGUGGGCGCCACGCUGACCAACAGGCCGCUGUGGUACGCAGAGUGGAUGGACGGGCAGCUGGUGGAGAAGGGGCGGCAGGACAUGCAACAGCUGGCGCAGCGCCUGGCCUCGCUCUUCCCUGCGCUCUUCUGCCGCGAGAAUUUCGACCGCCUGCAGCUCGUCACCAGCUCCAAACAUCGCUGCGUAGACAGCUGCACCGCCUUCCUGCAGGGACUCUGGCAGCUCUACAAUCCCGGCCAGCUGCUGCCCAACGUCACAGACAUGGAAUGUGGACCUCCAAGAAUUGAUGAUAAACUAAUGAGGUUCUUUGAUCAUUGCAAGAAGUUUUUAGCUGAAGUGGAAAGGAAUGCCACGGCUCUUUCUCACGUAGAAGCCUUCAAAACUGGGCCAGAAAUGCAGGACAUUUUGGAAAAAGUUGCACGUAAUUUACAAGUGCCAGUAAAUGAUUUAAAUGCAGGUCUCAGUCAAUUUCCUCUCCAGUCAUCCUCCAGUUCGGUCAUGCAGAGACCCUUCUCCCGUUGCUUUCUCUCAUGGGCUACUUCAAAGACAAGGAACCCUUAA